UUCUGUUUAUAUUUUGACAUUAUUUACUCACUCUCAUGUUGUUCCAAACCCGUAAGACUUUUGUUUAUCUUCGGAACUCAAAUUAACAUAUUUUUGAUGAAAUCCGAGAGGUUUCUGAUCCCCCAUGAAAAAGCAAGAAAUGUCCAAUCCACUAGAGAGGGUUGUAGCCCAGAAGAAGGAGGCGAUUGAAGCAGUAAUGGAGAUGUUUGAGAGAGGAGCCGAGGUGCUGGCCAGCGCUGUUGGACAGAUGUGUCCUCUGUUUGAAGCUUCUGCACCAGUUUUGAGGCUGGUCUUGGACAAUGUGGAGAGCAAGGAGAUCACAUACGUCAAAGAUCAAUUUCUAGUUGUGAGGAGCAAAUUGGAUGUCCUCUCAUCGCAAAUAGAAGACAUCAACUGCGAGAUUAAAAAGGGACGCUUGGAUUCUCAGUUCUUUACAGUGGAGGAAAAUAUAUGCAACCAGUUUAGAAAAUACAUUGACAUUCUGGAGGCCAAACCGGAGUACAAAGAGGUGAGAAAACGCUUAUUCUUGCAGCAUUUUCCCAAAACAGGAGGAGAGAAGAACCUCUACAUGCUUUAUGAUGCUGUGAUGGGGAACAGCACUUUUGGGGAGCCAAUCCUGGAUGUUGUGGAACAAUACGAGGCCAGAAACAGACGGGUCCUGGAAGACUUCUGCGUCAGGCUGAAGGAGCUGCUCUGCCUGGGAAUAAUCGCUCUGCUAGGAUAUUGUUUCCUUACUCAGGGCGAAGAGGCUGAGCAAGAGAAGAUUCAAGAUUGGAGCGCGAAAAUCCAAGAAAUUGAGAUGAAAAUGAAGGAAACGAUAGAGAAAUGCGUACAGUCAUUUCCAGAGCAAGCUGAACUGGACAUCAAGAGGCUUGUAAAGGAAAGAGAGGAUGGGAACCUCCAGGAAAUGGCCAAGGAACUGCUGGACUUCCUGGUGAAGAAGUACGACUGGGUGAGCUGGUCCAUCAGAGUCAUUAGUAACUUGGGCAAAAUUAGAACCUUGAGAGCUGGACAAAACUUUCAGUGUGUGGCCGGACAGAGUUAUUUUGAAGUGUCUCAAGGAAAUGACGUAAACCUGGUGGUCUCGUUCUGCAGCGCCCCUCAGCCUGUGCCCAAUGAGAGCAUAAAACAGAUGAUGGAAGGUCCUGCGAGGAAGGGAGAUGCCAAAGCUGUCGUGGAGCUUCUGGAGGAGCAGUUAGCUGGGUUUCUAGUUCAUGCCGUCAGUCGUCACAAGGAGAGCUUUGCUGUGUCCAGUUUUCCUGAAGAAUGUCACUACUGGGACAAACACAAGAACGUGAAUGUCUGUGUGCAUGCAGAGGAGAUUUAGAAAGUUUAAACAUGAUCAUUAGUCAUUUUACCCAGCUAACAGGGAAUGUUCUCAGAACUUUAGCUAAUGUUUUGGCAAUGUUCUCUCAAAGUUAUGAACAAAUGUUCUUCCAGGAAUGUUGAUAGAAUGUUUGUUUAAAGUCAACUGGUCCUUAAUAAUGUUUUCAAAAUAUUAGACCAAAAACAUUAUCUAUACACUCUAAAAAAAAUAAAAAAUAAAAAUGCUUGGGUUGAAAAGUUGGGUUGAAAAUGGUUGUUUUAACCCAGCGGUUGGGUUAAAUGUUUGGGUAGUU